CAAUUUUAACUGGUAUACCCCAAUAAAGUAUAUUUACUUAUUUUAAAGUUAAUUUCGAGGUAAUCUCGAGAGAAGAGUAAUAAAUUUUUACAACGUUUAAACUAGUUCGAAAUUUUAUUCGUUAUUCAACUAAUACAAUGGGGCGUAGAAGAAAUCGACACGUGCAAAAUCAGAAUAACUCAAAAAGCUGGGGUAAAAAGCCUGAAUGGAUUGAAGAUAAGAAUUGUGAACAAUAUGAAGUAUUUUAUAAGGAGCAAAAUGUUGUUCCCGAGGGAGAAUGGGACAAAUUUUUAGAAAGCAUGAGAAGUCCCCUUCCCGUUGUAUUUCGAGUAACUAGUGGUAGUAGCCAUGCUGAACAGCUACAUAAGUUCAUGCGAAAUUCGUUGUCGAAAUUAACAAAUGUUGAAGUUGAUGGACAAAAGUUGGAAGCUCCUUUUCAGUUACCUUGGUAUCCUGGAGGUAUGGCAUGGCAAAUAAACGCCAAUCGAAGUACAAUACGUAAAAGUGAUGAAUUGAAAAAAUUGCACAAUUUACUAAUAUCUGAAACUGAAGGAGGAUCUAUGAGUAGGCAAGAAGCUGUAUCAAUGAUUCCACCUCUGCUUCUAGAAAUACAACCCCAUCACAAAGUCCUUGAUAUGUGUGCAGCUCCAGGUUCAAAAACCGCUCAAGUACUUGAGGCCUUACAUAAGGAUGGAGAGAAAAUUCCAGAGGGCUUCAUUAUUGCUAAUGACUUAAAUAACAAAAGAUGCUACCUUAUGAUGCAUCAAGUUAAACGUCUACAAUCCGCUUCUGUUGCAGUUGUAAAUCAUAACGCAAUUGCUCUACCUCCUUUCUAUUUGGAUCCACCAGAUGUAAAGCAUCGAACUGAGAUGAAAUUCGAUAGAAUAUUAUGCGAUGUACCAUGCAGCGGAGAUGGAACUUUGAGAAAAAAUUUAGAUAUAUGGAAAAAAUGGAAUGUAGCUUCAGCUUUCAAUUUGCACAGCACCCAGUUUAGAAUACUAAAGAGGGGUUUAGAAUUAGUAACAGUUGGUGGCCGCUUAGUCUAUUCUACGUGUUCAUUAAAUCCUGUUGAAAAUGAAGCUGUUAUUGCUGAAAUGAUAAAAACAGCUCAAGGAACUGUCCGUUUACUAGACACUGCUCCAACUCUUCCUGGACUAAAAACUGUUCCUGGCCUCCAUAAAUGGAAGGUAAUGAGCAAAGAAUCAGAAUUUUACAGCUCAUACGAUGACGUACCAGAAAAUAUCAGAAUUCUGCCUCAUCAUCAGAAUACUGGAGGAUUUUUCGUGGCUCUUUUAGAAAAAACAGCAGAUGUGCCCUGGCAGAAAAAACGUAAGGCUCCGGAAUCCAGUAACCAUGAAGUAGUAGAAAAAAAGUUAAAAGAAUCUGAAGAUGAUAGCAAACAAUCGGAAAUUAUUGAUAAAACGGACGAAGAUGAUAAAAAUAUUGAAGCUAUUAAUGACGAUUCUAAAACAGAUGAAAAAGAUGAAUCAAAGAAAGGAGUACACAAGAACAAAGUAGUAACUCACAAGUUUCAAGGAUAUAAAGAAGAUCCUUUCUUGUUUUUCGAAAAGGAUGAUGAAGCAUGGCCACAGAUAAAGAGUUUUUUUGGGAUGCCAGAUGAUUUUGAUUACACAACGUUAUUGUGUAGAAGUGACGCAGAGAAAAAGCGCAACAUUUAUCUGGCUUCAGGUUCACUCAAACGCUUUGUCGUAAAUAAUGAAGAUAGAAUUAAGUUCAUUAACCUAGGAAUUAAAAUAUUUGGUCGAAUUAGUAGUAAUAGUCAGCAGCAAGGAUUUGGUUGUGAUUAUAGGCUUUAUCAAGAGGGAAUGGCGACAAUAUUUCCUUUUAUUAAGAACAGACGAAUUAGUUUCUCGCGCUUAGAUAUGAUUACAAUUUUAAGCCAGGAAAAUCCUUAUAUAUCAAAAUUCUCCGACGUAGCUCAUGAGAAACUAAAAGAAACCUCUAUGGGUCCUGUGGUAUUGAUCUAUGAACCUCAGCCUGGCGAAGAUGGCUGCCCAUUAGUCUUAUGUGGUUGGAGAGGGAAAACUUCUUGCAGAACCUACGUACCAAAACUUGAGCGAGGUCAUUACCUAAGAAUUUUUGGAGAAGAAUUAGGAGAUGGAAAAGGUCCUGCUCCAGAAGAUAUCUGUGUUGAAAGUAGCCCCCAACCACAGGAGGAAACUAAACAAGAGGCUGUAUGA